UCAAUGCCAUCCUUGAAGCUCUUCCAGCAAGGCCAGUUGUAGAGAUGUUCAUAGUGGACUUUGAGCUUGGUGCAUUGAAUGCCAUUUCUACGGUAUUCCCUGAUGCUGUUACCAAGGGAUGCACGUUCCACUGGUGCCAGGCUGUAUGGAGACACAUUAAGGAGCUAGGCCUUGCCCCCACCUUCAUGAAGAGGGAAGCCACCCAUCGCUACCUGAAGCAGAUCAUGGCCUUGCCCUUCUUGCCAGCACCUGACAUCCCUGCUGCAUUCCAGACACUGAAGGAGAGAGCCAACACGGAGCCCCUUCAGUCCCUUGUUGCCUACAUCGACCGCCAGUGGAUGCACCAUGCCAUCUUCCGUCCAUCAUCCUGGACAGUCUACAAGCAGUCCUUCCGCACUAACAACGACGUAGAAGGAUGGCAACACAGGGUCAACGGAAAGGCUGGUCAACGCAGCAGCACCUUCUACAAGUUGGUUCCACUUCUACUGCAGGAGGCCAAGCUGGUGGAAACUCGUGUAUCUAGUGACAACUUGUUUAGGAACGUCCGACGUUCUUCCACGGCCACCCAGAAGAAAUUGGACACAGCCUGGGACCAGUACGAUGCUGGGGAGAUUUCUACAGGACACUUUCUCCGUCUGUGUGGCUCCUUGUACGCCACGUGUGAGUGA